AUGCAUCAGAUCGUGAAGGAGUACUUGAUAAAAUUCACCGAGCUCAUCAAAGAAGCCCUUGAUUGCCCCCUGAUGGACUUCACCGUGUACGACUACCCUCGUGAGAUCUGGCGCCUGAAACCGGGCUGGGAAGUGGCGCUCAAAACCGUCACCUUUCUGCCGCUGAUUCUUUUCGGUAUCCUGGGAAAUUCCAUCCUGUGCUACACCCUCAUUCAAAUCCGCGCUCUCAGGACGCCAACUAAUCUGCUGAUCGCGAACCUGGCUGUGGCUGAUUUGGCCACUCUGCUCAUCUGUCCGUUGAUGUUCCUGUUCCAUGAUUUCUACCAGAACUACGUGCUCGGUGCUGCUGGUUGCAAGACGGAAGGUUUUCUGCAAGGCUCGCUACUGAUCACAUCCGUGCUGUGUCUGUGUGCGAUCAGCUACGACCGGUUGACGGCCAUCGUUUUCCCCAAACGAUCUCGUCUGACCAGACGUGGUGCAGUCGUACUGAUUGUUGCUUCCUGGACCGGAGGUUUUUUGCUUGCACUACCCCUCAGUAUGUACCGGGCUUACCGAGAACGCCAGUGGAAGAACUAUCUCGAGACCUACUGCGCGGAAAACACAACGUUUCUGCCGAGCUACUGGCACGUGCUGAUCGGCGCCCUGGUCUGGUUUCCGCUCCUGGUCAUGUUCUGCUGCUACAGCCUGAUCUUUCUAAAGCUUGAUCGCUACGAGCGGCGCGUCCUGCGUAAGGAGCAUCCCAUCUCUGUGUCGUACAAACGCAAAGUCGCUAAAACGUUGUUCAUUGUCCUGAUUGUGUUCGUGCUGUUGCGUAUUCCCUUCACCUCGCUCGUAUUCAUACGGUACAAUCGCUACCUCAACGACAACCAGAAUCAGAUUGGCAGUGAUUUCCUCAUUCUCUGGUACGUGUCGCACUAUCUGAUGUUUCUGAAUGCUGCUCUCAACCCGCUGAUCUACGGGCUGACGAACGAGAACUUCCGCAAGGCGUUUCGCAAAAUACGCCUGUCGCGGCUGCUUUGCAUUCCAGCCCUAUCAAACCAUCGCAUCUCGGGCGGAAAGGGACGAUCCCGGUGCAACCGAGCCGGACCGAAGGGUGCAGGACCUGUGGCAACCAUCGGUGGCCGGCUUCAACCGCGAGCACCCUGUGGUACGAACGAGAAGCUGGCUAACCUGUCCGGGUGGAUCGUGUGCCAGGUACAAGGUGAUAAUCCACCUACGAGCCCGUCCAAGGAUACGAAAAUGUCGCAGCUCAAGCUCACCACCGACAUAGCUGUUAGCCUACCGUCGAAGGCUAUCGACGAUGAAUCUAAGGAGCAGCGAAGUACGACAGUCGUUUCGGAAGGGUUUAUGUGA